GAACUGCGCAAUACAUCGUCCUCUUCAGGCUGUUCUUUGCAAGUUCAAAUCUUGAGAGUUGCGGCAGCUGUGUCCCACGCAGCUACAUUGAAGACACCGCUCUCUGUAUACAAGCGACUUGGGCCAAAACGAUUCGAAUGUGUGGGAUACCACCCUGCUGCACCGACGUUGCCAGGAGCCGUCUUCUGUGCUAGCGAUCAUGCAAGCGUACCCAAGGACAAGGAGUAUGAGAGUAGGCCUGCAGCACGGAACCACGAGAAGAAGAGCUCAAAGAUGUCAUCGUUCUCAUUUCCCUCAACGACGACUGAUGACGAUUUGUGUGAGCGAGACGCGAUGCACGCCUUGUGCCGCACACAGACAUCAGCAUGCCCAAGCAUUGUCAACCGUGUCCUAUUGUCUGCUCUGAAAACCCUCUCAGACUUUGGUGUGGAGUUACUACACGAUGGGGACCUGGUGGGAAGUAUGGGUCUGUGUACAGGUGCAAUACCAGUUUCUUCUUGCGGCACGACUAAGGAUGUGAGAAUAUUUGCGCCUCAUGUUCAUGAAGAUGAUCUUGAAAAAAUUGAAGACCAAAGUUUUUCCAGUGUCGGGAUGCUACCAACACAUAAACACCAUGAUGAAUGGCGGCAGUUAAGCUCGGAAAGUGCUGUAUUCUUCGCGGAAAGACCCCCCAAAAAUACGGAGCUCGAAAAAGGUCACAGCGAGCAAGCAAUGCGGCUUGGACUUGGUAGUGAUCCUAGCUCGUUUCUCAUGCAUUCCUGGGUCGCGCUCGAGCUUGAAGGGCAAAGAGAUAAUCCAGCUGACACCGGAGCAGGAGGAGGAGCAGGGGUUUUCAUGGACAUGUCCUCUGUUGACAGGCGAGAUCCCGAGGUGUCGAACGAAGGUGCCGCAAUGGACAAGGAUGUUGAGAACGAGAUCGUACACGUGGAUUGUAGCGGCCCAGCUUUCGGCGUGUUCGACUACAUGAGAUUUUUCGGGACUUGGACUGCUCCUGUCUCGAUUAGGAGAGUCCCGCUUUCGGCAGCGCGCAAAUUCCAGGGCGGGUAUGGCUGUGUGAACCCCAGUGCGUUACGCGAAUGUACUGCUUCUUGGCCACACUUCAAGGUCUUGCAUGAUUCAGCAACCAGUGGGAAAGAGCAAACGGGUGGAAAAGUGAUGUUUAAUCUGCGCGGAGUGUCGGCAGAAACACUAGGGGACAGCGAGGACGGGGCAGGUCGGGAGAUCGUGGAUUUGAUAGUCCGAGCGUCACUAGCCGCAAUUUGGCAUCGUGUUACCGCGCAUAGUUUGUCUGGAAGUCUCUCGUAUCUUAAUGGCAAGCGCGGAGUUGUGAAGCGCAUUAUUAAGCACGAAGAAAGUCAGAGCUGCAGCUGCAAUGCUGAUGAAGAAGGGGAAGCAAAUGCGCAUACGCCGGGCGUGGCUCCAUCGUGGGAGGUGAAAUUCCGAGGUUUUGCUGAAGAAGAGGCGACAAAAGCAACUGUGAUUCUAAAUCCCGAAAACCUGAAGCUUGGGUGGAUAUUAACAUAACAGCCAAAGUGUCUGCCAACACUUUUACAGCGAUCCUUCAACUCCCCAUUCCAAACAACCCCGGGCUCGUCUUACCCUCUAUUUCAUUGCUUCCAAUUUCAAACAAGAACAUAAGCAAUUAUAUCCAAG